UUCAAGGAGGGGCAGAUCGUGUCCUUCCUCUGUUCUCACCACACCAAAUUGAAUCUUCCUCUUCUCUCUCUCUCUCACUCUCAUCAGCCAAUUCAAACUUCAACCUCUCUCUCUCUCUCUUCUUUUUCCAAAUCUUAACAGAAACCCUAGAGAUAUUCAUCCAUUCAUCCAUCCAUCAACCCUUCUUUCCGAUCAAACAUCUAGGGUUUCUGUUACUAAUUUCACAAAAAAAAACUUGCUUUCCACUGCCUAUAGAUUCCUUGUUUCGGCGUCUUCAACUGGUUUGAUCCGCUUCGAUCUCUUCGAUACUUGAGUUUGUUGCAGUUCAUAGAUCAGAAAUGGAGGCGAUCGAAGAAUUGGUGCAGCUGUCGGAUUCGAUGCGGCAGGCGGCGUCUUUGCUUAACGAUGAAGAUGUUGACGAAAACUCAUCGGCGUCUUCCAGGCGUAGCUCCACAUUUCUCAACGUUGUUGCUCUUGGCAAUACGGGUGCGGGCAAGUCAGCAGUUUUGAACAGUUUGAUUGGACAUCCUGCUUUGCCAACUGGUGAAGGUGGUGCCACCCGUGCGCCUAUAUGCAUUGACUUAAACAGGGAUGAAAACUUAAGCAACAAAACAAUUGUGCUGCAGAUUGAUAGUAAAUCCCAAUCAGUGUCUGCAAGUGCUCUUCGUCGUUCUUUACAAGAUAGACUAAGUAAAAUAUCGAGCAAGAGUCACGACGAAAUAUAUUUGAAGCUUAAGACGAGUACAGCCCCGCCUCUAAAAUUGAUUGACCUGCCCGGAGUCGAGAAAGGGAAUCUGGAUGAUUCAUUGAGUGAAUAUGCUCAGCACAAUGAUGCAGUUUUGUUGGUUAUAAUACCCGCUGCUCAGGCACCAGAGGUUUCCUCUGCUAAGGCUCUUAGAAUUGCAAAGGAAUAUGAUGGAGAAUGUACAAGAACGAUUGGUGUUAUUAGCAAAGUUGACCAAGCAUCUGCAGAUCCAAAAGUUGUUGCUGCUUGUCAAGCACUUCUUUUGGGUCAAGGACCACGGAGUGCAGCUGAGAUUCCAUGGGUUGCUCUAAUUGGUCAAUCAGUUUCCAUUGCUUCAGCACAAUCAGGAAGUUUGGGGUCCGAUAACUCAUUAGAAACUGCAUGGCGGGCCGAAAGUGAAAGUUUGAAAUCUAUAUUGACAGGAGCUCCACAAAACAAGCUUGGUAGAUUAGCUUUGGUUGAAACCCUAGCUCAUCAAAUCCGUAGCCGUAUGAAAAUUAGACUUCCAAGCCUUUUAUCAGGGCUUCAGGGGAAAUCUCAGAUUGUGCAAGAUGAGUUGGUAAGGCUUGGAGAAUCAAUGGUUAGCAGUUCUGAAGGUACAAGGGCUUUGGCCUUGGAACUUUGCCGUGAAUUUGAGGACAAGUUUCUUCAACACAUUAUGACCGGAGAGGGUAGCGGGUGGAAAGUGGUGGCAAGUUUUGAGGGUAACUUUCCUAAUAGGAUCAAGCAGCUUCCUCUAGACAGACAUUUUGAUAUAAAUAAUGUCAAGAGGAUUGUGCUAGAGGCAGAUGGUUACCAACCUUAUCUUAUAUCUCCAGAAAAAGGACUUCGGUCUUUAAUCAAAGGUGUAUUAGAGCUUGCCAAAGAACCAUCACGUCUCUGUGUUGACGAGGUUCAUCGUGUGCUUGUGGAUAUAGUUUCAGCAUCAGCAAAUGCAACGCCUGGGCUUGGAAGAUAUCCCCAUUUCAAGAGAGAGGUUGUGGCAAUUGCCACUACUGCCUUGGAGGAUUUUAAGAAUGAUGCAAAGAAGAUGGUGGUUGCUCUUGUUGACAUGGAGCGUGUGUUUGUUCCACCUCAGCACUUCAUCCGAUUGGUCCAGAGAAGGAUGGAUAGGCAAAGACGAGAGGAAGAGAUCAAGAACAAAUCUUCCAAGAAGGCCGUGGAUGCAGAACAGUCCUUACUAAACAGGUCGGCUAGUCCUCAAACAGGAGGGAACUUAAAAUCAACGAAGGAUAACAAGGAUGCACAAGAGGGACCUGUUUUAAAAACCGCAGGAGCUGAUGGGGAGAUAACAGCAGGAUAUUUAUUAAAGAAAAGCUCAAAAGCUAAUGGAUGGAGUAAAAAGUGGUUUGUUUUAAAUGAAAAAACCGGGAAGCUUGGUUACACUAAUAAAGUAGAAGAGAAGAAUUUCCGUGGUGUGAUCACCUUGGAGGAAUGCAAUAUAGAAGAAAUUGAAGAGGAAGAACCCCCAGCCAAGAGUUCAAAGGAUAAAAAAUCAAAGGCAGAAGAAAAGGCACCCAGUCUGGCAUUCAAGAUAACAAGCAAGGUUGCAUACAAGACUGUUUUAAAAGCUCACAGUGCUGUAGUAUUAAAGGCCGAGAGUGCUGCAGAAAAAGUAGAAUGGUUAAACAAAUUGAGAAGUGUUGUUGGUGCCAAAGGAGGUCAAGUCAUUACCAAGGAAAAUGGUCUGCCUAUUCGCCAUAGUCAAUCGGAAGGCUCUCUUGAUACAAUGGUUAGAAAACCUGCAGACCCAGAGGAAGAACUUCGUUGGAUGGCUCAGGAAGUACGAGGCUACGUCGAGGCUGUUCUCAACAGCCUUGCAGCCAAUGUUCCAAAGGCAGUUGUUCUUUGCCAAGUGGAAAAAUCUAAAGAGGAUAUGCUUAAUAAGUUAUACAGUUCUGUAAGUACCCAAAGUACGCCAAGGAUUGAGGAGCUGCUUCAAGAGGACAGUAAUGUUAAGCGCAAAAGAGAGAAAAUCCAGAAACAAUCGAGCCUGCUUUCUAAACUCACCAGACAACUAAGCAUUCACGAGAAUAGAGCAGCUGCAGCCUCAGGAGCCAUGUCAAAUGGUACUACUAGUCCUGCAGAGUCUCCAAGAAGCAAUGGACCAUCAUCGGGUGAUGACUGGAGAUCUGCUUUCGAUGGUGCUGCUAAUGGACCAACGAGCCUCGGCUCUAGGCUUGGGUCUAAUGGUCAUAGGCGCAGGAAUAGUGACCCUUCGGAGAACGGUGAUGUGGGUUCAGGAUCAAACUCUGGCAGCCGCCGCACCCCAAACCGGUUGCCACCAGCACCACCUGGUUCUGGUUAUAGGUUUUAGAUUGAUUAUUGUUAGUUUAAAGAAAUGAAAUUGAAUCUGGUUACUAUUACAUUACGAUGUUUAUAGUAUGUUUUUGUAGAGUUGUUUUGUAGAUAUGACAUGGUAUGGUAUGGUUUGGUUUUCUACUGUUGAUUUUGUAGUUUGCGGAUUGAGGUGUGUUUGGUUUUGGGUUUUGUAUACAUAAGACAGGCAUGGAUUUAUCAUAUCAAAAACAUGUAUUGUUUCAAUUUUUGGCUA